CGUCCCGCCCGGGGCAGCGGCGGGAGGCGCUGAGGCGGCACCGUGCCCGUCCCGCCCGGGGCAGCGGCGGGAGGCGCUGAGGCGGCACCGUGCCCGUCCCGCCCGGGGCAGCGGCGAAGCGGUGUCAGGGCUGCCGGGGGCCCGCGGCUCUGGGGCCAGCGGCGUUCCCUCUGCUGCAACGGGAGGCUGCGAGGGGCCCUGUCCUGCCACCUGUGCGUCCCCUCAGGGUGCGCCUGGGGGCCCAAGUCUCCAUUGCUGCUCUGAGCAGGAAAAGAUCUCACCAUGGCACCAUCGGGAAGAAAGCAUGGAGGAAAAGCUGGUAAACCAGCACAGGAAGAUCAGACCAUACCUAGUUAUGACUUUGAGGAGGAAAGAAAACUGAGUGGAUCAGAGGAAGAUAUUAGAGAAGGUGACACACCAGUAAUGGACAAGCAUGGAAAGAAAAGACCUCUGGUGGCUACUCAUGUUCCAGAUGAUGUGGGGGGUGAAGUACAGAAUAUGUUGGAGAGAUUUGGAGCUGACAUUAACAAGGCUCUCCUAGCUAAGAGAAAACGAUUAGAGAUGUAUACAAAAGCCUCACUCAAAACCAGUAACCAGAAGAUUGAACAUGUUUGGAAAACACAGCAGGAGCAAAGGCAGAAGCUCAAUCAUGAGUUCUCCCAGCAGUUUAUGACCUUAUUUCAGCAAUGGGAUGUAGAUAUGCAAAAGGCAGAGGAGCAGGAAGAAAAACUAGCGAAUAUGCUUCGUCAGCAACAAAAAGUUUUUCAACAGGCAAGAAUAGUUCAAAGUCAGAGACUGAAAACCAUUAAGCAACUCUAUGAGCAAUUCUUAAAGAGCAUGGAGGAGCUGGAGAAGAGCAAUGAAAAUCUUCUGGCUGGUGCCCAAAAUGAACUUCGCAAGGAAAUGGCAAUGUUGCAGAAGAAAAUUAUGAUGGACACUCAACAGCAGGAGAUGGCAACUGUUCGCAAGUCUCUUCAGUCCAUGUUAUUCUGAUGGCUCAGUGGAGAAGCAACAUGUACCUAAGUAACAUGAUACAAGUACAGGCAUUAGAAGGAUGUUGAGAUUUAAGUGUUUCAAGGUUCCUAUUAAGCUCUUUCCUGGAUUUUUCUAAUCUUGUCUGUUACUGUUGUAAGAAUAUAUCUUAGUAAACUUUUAUUACUGGGGAGCAGUAUGGACCCCAAACCAUUCACUGUCUGUUCAGCUGAUUUUUAACAAUUUCAUAUCCACUUGCAAGAGCAUUGGACUGCUUUAAAUUGUUUCACUUUUUGUAAUACCAAGUUGUAACAAGGGGAAGAAUUAAUGAAACAUGCAUUAUCCAUGUUUUACAUAAUAACUUGAGGCCUUUAGAUACAUUGUACAAAUAGAAGCAUUUCUAACAAGCUGCAGAUUUUCACAGUUUCAACAUUUAGUCCGCUGAUAUAUUAGUUGUUAUAAAAAUUCACAGGGUAUGACAUAGCUCAGAAUUGUUUAAUGAUGUGUAUUAUGGUAAAUUAAAGUAAAUUUUGUUAACUUUUUUGUUAGUCUAGACAUUGAACUAUCUUUGUAUUAGUAAGAAAUUUAUGAACUGCUGUAAUUCAUACAGAUUUUUUUUUUAAAGUUAAAUGAUGAGUUUAAUGUAUCUGCUCAAGUAACAAUAAUUAAACAUUAUUCAUUUUGGGAUCUACAUUUUGUAGAACCACUACUAGAAGAAAUCUACCUCAUUUAUUUAGUACAGGCUAUUACAAGCCUUUGAGAUGGAAUAUUAUUUUUUGCUAUUCCAAAUGGCUAAAAAUUUAGGGGGGGCUGAGUUUUAAGGGUAAAGCAUUUAUCUUUCAUGUAUCUCACUACAGUAAAUAAGUACAAACUAAA